ACACCACGGGCGGCUGCGCGGGGCUCGAUUGCUCUGGACUGUGUAGGAAGAUGGCAGCUUCCUCGGAUAAUGUUACCAUUCCUGAGAUCGCCCACCUCCUCCAAAUGGACCCGUACCUCAAACCGUACGAGAAGGAAUUUGAGCGGAGGUAUGGCCUCUUCCAGAAGCAGCUUCACCUGUUGGAGGAGGUGGAGAACGGCUUCGACCAGUUCACGCGCAGCUACCAGACGUUCGGCGUGAACCGCCAGGCCAGCGGCGGGCUCCUGUUCAAGGAGUGGGCCCCUGGCGCCGAGGCUCUUUUCCUCACCGGGGACUUCAAUGGUUGGGACAACUUCUCUCAUCCGUACACCAAGAAGGAGUUUGGCAAAUGGGAACUGUACCUCCCACCCCAGGAAGACAGGAGUCCAGCAGUCCCUCACCUGUCGAAGCUAAAGGUGGUGGUCCACACCAAAAACAGAGAGCGCCUGUACCGAAACUCGCCGUGGGCAAAAUACGUGACAAAAAACGACACUUCUGUCGUCUAUGACUGGGUGCACUGGGAUCCUUUGCAGCCUUAUCUGCACAUCCACCCUCGCCCCAAGAAGCCUAGAAGUUUGAGGAUUUACGAAUCCCACGUGGGGAUCGCUUCCCCUGAAGGCAAGAUCGCAAGUUACACCAACUUCACAGUCAACGUGCUGCCACGAAUCAAAGAUCUCGGUUACAACUGCAUACAGCUCAUGGCAGUCAUGGAGCAUGCCUACUAUGCCAGCUUUGGGUACCAGGUCACAAGCUUCUUUGCUGCAUCCAGCCGCUAUGGGACCCCGGAUGAGCUGAAGAAGUUGAUUGAUGAGGCCCACCGCCUAGGCAUCUUGGUGCUCCUAGAUGUGGUCCACAGCCAUGCCUCCAAGAACACAGAGGAUGGCCUCAGUCGCUUUGACGGCACUGAUUCCUGCUUCUUCCACGAGGGGCCCCGCGGCGAGCACAGCUUGUGGGGCAGCCGACUCUUUAACUACUCCAGCUGGGAGGUGCGGCGCUUCCUGUUGUCCAACCUGCGCUGGUGGAUGGAAGAAUACCGCUUUGAUGGCUUCCGCUUUGACGGCGUGACCUCCAUGUUGUACCACCACCACGGCGUUGGCAUGAGCUUCUCUGGGGACUACAGCGAGUACUUUGGGUUGCAUGUGGACGAGGAGUCGGUUGUCUAUCUGAUGGUGGCCAAUCACAUCCUGCACAGUCUUUACCCAGACUGCAUUACCAUCGCGGAGGACGUGUCUGGGAUGCCGGGACUCUGCCGAAGACUCGCAGAAGGAGGGUGUGGCUUUGACUACCGUCUCGCCAUGGCGAUCCCGGACAAGUGGAUCCAGAUCCUGAAGGAGUACAAGGAUGAGGACUGGAACAUCGGCAACAUCGUGUACACUCUGACUAACCGGCGAUACGGGGAAAAAUGCAUUUCAUAUGCCGAGAGCCACGACCAGGCGCUUGUUGGAGACAAGACCCUGGCCUUUUGGCUGAUGGACAAGGAGAUGUACACCAACAUGAGCACCUUCAUCCCCAUGACCGCUGUCAUUGACCGAGGCAUUCAGCUACACAAGAUGAUCCGACUGCUCACCCAUGGCCUGGGAGGAGAAGGCUACCUGAACUUCAUGGGUAAUGAAUUUGGCCAUCCGGAGUGGCUGGACUUCCCUCGGAAAGGGAACAACGAGAGCUACCACUACGCCCGUCGGCAGUACAACCUGGUUGACACGGACCACCUCCGGUACCGCCAGCUGUACGCCUUCGACCGCGAAAUGAACCAUACUGAGGACAAGUACGGUUGGCUGGCAUCACCGCCGGCCUAUAUCACAGCCAAGCACGAGGGUGACAAGGUCAUCAUCUUUGAAAGGGCAAGUGUGGUCUUCAUCUUCAACUUCCACCCCUCCCAGAGCUACAGCAGCUACAGGGUGGCAGUAGAAAUGCCCGGGAAAUACAAAAUCAAGCUGGACUCGGAUGCGGUCCAGUACGGCGGCCACGGCAGGCUGGAUCACAGCACGGAGUUCUUCACGGAAGCCGUCCCCUUCAACGGCCGUCCGCACUCAAUGCUGGUGUACGUUCCCUGCAGGACAGCCAUGAUACUGGCCAACGAGGAGAUUAAUUACUGCUAUUAAUGGCAGGCCGUCUUCAUGGAAUCGGGCACCAAGAAUGGACACGCAACAACAUUUCUCAGUGUCGCUGUUCACCUCCCUUGCGUGGAUUGCCACGCGCCACAGAAGCCUUCUCCGCACAUCCGUACGUCCACAAUCACAGCACAUACCGCUGUGCUUUCUACCUUCGCGGUGAUGUCACCCGGAACCGUAACAGAAAAUGAUCCGGUGUCCUCCCAGAACGAUCGCCCGGCAGAGUGAACCAGCAGUACCAAUACUGUGCCUAGAAUUACUUUGAAUGCCUUUAUAAUCUCAUGUGAUCCCUUUCUUAAAGGGAAUUUAUAAGGAUGUUAGCUUUGUUAGCCUGUCUAAAAGUAAUCUGUGUUCGCUGCUUCACGCUACACGGGGUUAGCUUAAAAAUGUGACAGUGUUUAUAAAAAAAGGAAAAGUCUGUCCUGUUUGCACUGUAUUGAUCCCCAUAGUGGAAACGACUCACCCAUCUAAACAGUCUCUCGUUGGCAACUGAUAAUCUGAAAUAUAACGCUCGCUGUGCCAGUCACUUUAAUAUAAAAAAAAAUUGCACUUUUAAAAUUUAAGUAUGUAUUUAUGUUGUAGCAAUGUUGUAUGACUUAAUAUAGACCAUAUCUCCAUUCAUAAAAGAAGGCUUUGCACUUCGAAACGCGGACUACGUUUUGGUACCAUGGGGGAAGAUCCCGAGAUCCACAAACACAAGAUAAUUUCUUCAGGGAUAUGGUGGAAUUACGGGGCAGGUAGGGUGUGGUUCAGGAAAGGGUAUUUGCACCGUUCCUUUGUACGGUUAGUUUUCGUGUGAUGUGUAUUAAUCCGUUGUUCAAUCAUUGUCCAGCCAGACAGUGGCAGCAAAUAUCAAAGCAAUUAAAGGACACAUGCUUAUAGCCUGAAGGGAAUCAGUUCACAUCCCCAAGAAGCAGCCCUGCUGUAGUGCCUUUGAGAAAGGUACUUAACCUCAGUUGGAAGGUACUUACUCUAAUAUUAAAAUAUCCAGCUGUAUAAGUGGUUCAAAUUGUAUAGCUUAGCAGCAAAGUAGUAAUAAUGAUGAUAAUAUUUGUCAGUGUGCUCACAGCUAAAUAAAGUACAUUGAAACUU